AUGGAUGUCCGAUUACAGCCCGGGAUGGGAACGUUUAUGGGAAUGCCUCGGCUUGCGACGGCCACUCGCGUACUCCCCCAUCAAGACAGCAGCGAAACACAGGCGACGAUUGAAUCCAACGCCUCCUCCCAGAUGCGGUUGUACGAAGAGGCAUCCCAACCGGGAACCUCCCGCCAAAUGGGUAUAAAUAUGGAACAUCGAGAAUUUCACGGCGAGGCCAAAGGCGCUUUGGCGCUGCUCAUCGAAAAGAAGCUGCUCGGCCCGAUGGAUGCGUUGAGCCGGGAAUUUCUAUUAAUCCCCAACAAGCGAAUCACGGCCGGUACGGCGACCAGCAGCAAACCUGAGAACCUGAACAAAAAUCGCACGCGCUCAAUUCUGCCGUACGAAGACAACCGCGUCGUCCUCCAAUCCCACAAAAAGAACUCCACUGGAUAUGUCAACGCCAGUAAUGUGGAGGUACCGCUGAACGGCCAGAAGUUGCACUACAUCUUGGCCCAGGCUCCGAUGAGGGGUACCGUCGACGAUUUCUGGGCGACGAUUUGGGAAUCGAACGUGAACGUGGUGGUGAUGUUGUGCGAGGCUACGAUCGAAGCCGGCCCGAACGCGCCGAUCUACUGGCCCGGCAAUUCCAAUUCCAAGGUCGAAACCAGAGAUCUGGAGGUUCGCUUCAAAUCGCUGUCCGCCGCGGAGAAUGAGGUGACGACCGUACUCCAAUUGCGACACAAAAACGGUUCGAAGCGUACGGUCUACCAUAUGAGAUUCGUGGGAUGGCCGACCG